CUAAACCAUGUCCGAAACCGCACCUGCUGCGCCUCCUGCUCCUUUUCCCGCGGAAAAGACGCCUGUGAAGAAGGCCCGCAACUCCGCAGGUGCCGCGAAGCGCAAGGCGUCCGGGCCCCCGGUGUCGGAGCUCAUCACCAAGGCUGUCGCCGCCUCCAAGGAGCGCAACGGCGUGUCCUUGGCCGCGUUGAAGAAGGCGCUGGCGGCCGCCGGCUACGACGUGGAGAAAAACAACAGCCGCAUCAAACUGGGCCUUAAGAGUUUGGUGAGCAAAGGAAUCCUGGUGCAGACUAAGGGCACCGGCGCCUCCGGCUCUUUCAAGCUCAACAAGAAGGCGGCCCCCGAGGAAGCCAAACCCAAGCCAAAAAAGGCGGGCGCAGCCAAGCCGAAGAAGGCUGCUGGGGUGGCCAAGAAACCCAAGACGGGCGCGGCCACCCCGAAGAAGAGCGUCACAAAGACCCCGAGGAAGGCGAAGAAACCGGCGGCGGCUGCUGGGGCCAAGAAAGUGGCCAAGAGCCCGAAAAAGGUGAAGGUAGCCAAGCCGAAGAAGGCGACUAAGAAUCCAGCUAAGGCCAAAGCACCUAAGCCCAAGGCAGCCAAGCCAAAGAAGACGGUCCCCAAAAAGAAGUAA